ACCUGCUGCCAGCAUCACCACCAGCCUACCUGCUGCCAGCAUCACUGUCAGCCUACCUGCUGCCAGCAUCACCAGCCUACCUGCUCCUACCUGCUGCCAGCAUCACACCAGCCUACCUGCUGCCAGCAUCACUGUCAGUCUACCUGCUGCUAGCAUCACCACCAGCCUACCU